UCAAAUGUGUUGUUUUUACCUUUAAACACAGUCUUUUUUUUAAACCAAAAAAACAAUCAUUUUGUAGGAAAACCUUUUUAGUCAUUGGAGGUCCCAUCUGUCAUCAUAACCCGCAAAGUGGAAGACCGAAGCGGGUGUUGUUUUUAAGAUCCUCUCGUUGCUUAAAGGGCCCUGGAGCCCCCCUCUCUGCACCGAUGGAGAUUCAUUGUAAGCACGACCCGUUCGCGGCGAUGCACAGACAUGGCGGCGUGAACCAGCUCGGAGGCGUGUUUGUAAACGGCAGACCCCUUCCAGACGUGGUCCGACAGCGAAUAGUGGAGCUCGCCCAUCAAGGGGUUCGACCCUGCGACAUCUCGAGGCAGCUGCGGGUCAGCCAUGGAUGCGUCAGCAAGAUACUGGGCAGGUACUAUGAAACGGGCAGCAUCCGCCCUGGGGUAAUCGGGGGAUCCAAACCAAAGGUUGCUACACCCAAAGUGGUCGACAAGAUCGCCGAUUACAAACGCCAAAAUCCCACCAUGUUUGCCUGGGAGAUCCGGGACAGGCUCCUGGCCGAGAGAGUGUGCGACAACGACAGCGUUCCCAGCGUCAGCUCCAUCAACAGGAUCAUACGGACUAAGGUUCAGCAGCAGCCUGGUCAAACGGGCUCGGUGUCGGCUCACAGCUUAGCGACGUCUGUAGCUGCCACGCAGGUUUCAGCGGUCACCAGCGACUCUGCUGGCUCAUCGUACUCAAUCAGUGGCAUCCUGGGAAUCAGUUCUGCUGCUGAUGUGGGCAAGAGGAAGAGGGAUGAAGUUUUACAGGAGUCACCGCUGGCUAACGGGCAUGGCCACAGUGGGCGGGACUUCCUCAGGAAGCAGAUGAGAGGGGAGCUGUUCUCGCCGCAGCAGAUUGAGGUAUUGGACCGCCUCUUUGACAGACAGCCGUCUUGUCCAAUCCAAACCACCACUGAGCUCUAUGUGAGCCCUGACUCUGGCAAGACAUCGGACUACUCGGCCAUGGCCUCUCUAGCAGGCGGGCUGGACGAGAUGAAGAACAGUUUGGCCAAUCCGGGCACAGGGACGGAGUUAGGAUCCAACGUCUCCGGCCCACAAUCCUACCCGCUAGUCCCAGGUCGAGACCUGGCCAGCACAACUCUGCCGGGCUACCCUCCUCAUGUGCCCCCAACUGGACAGGGCAGCUACUCCACUCCCUCUCUCACGGGCAUGGUGCCGGGGGGAGAUUUUUCUGGAAGUCCAUAUUCCCACCCACAGUAUUCCACGUACAAUGAAUCAUGGAGAUUUCCAAACCCUAGCCUAUUAGUGUUUCAGCAGGACUAUGGGUCUCUCCUGGGGACGGAGAUCGGCUGCUCGUCCAGUCUCUUCACCAGUCAGGCAGGACAAAUGCAAGGAUCACCGUAUUAUUACAGUGCAACGUCACGGGGAGCAGGCCCUGCUGCCACUGCAACAGCCUCCGCCUACGAUCGCCACUGACCCCUCCAGAAAGAAGAGAAGGGUGGAGAGCAGGAAGACCAGGGAGGAAUAAAUGGAUAGCACCAGCACCGUUCAGUAAAAACCUGCCUGUAUGAGAAAGGACUGAGGCAAGAAGGAGUUUUUCAGAUCUUUUGACAUCAGUGAUGUUUGCUUUUCAUUUGAUUCCAAACCAACAAACACACACCUUGGCUUCAAAACAAUACUGCCUGGUUGUACAUUACUGUACAAAUACAGAAAACAUUUUAUUAAAUGUACCAUCACAAAUUUGGACCCUCCUACAUUAUGUUCAGACUUUUUUUUUUCCAUUCAUGAAACCCAAGAAGUUAAGCUAGUUGUUUUGCUUCGAGACUGCUAUAUAUUUGAACAAAUCAGAGCAAAUCCCUUCUUAGACAGUACUUUUUAUGACUUGACAUCAAUCAAUUUUCUAUGCCAUGCUGCAGUGGAGUGAAGACAAUCCAAUCCUCAUAAAUCUGAAAGACCAAAAUCCUCCAUGAGUUUAUUCUACUUUGUUUUCUGUGGCUUCAACACAACUGAUCUAGAAACACAAUGUUAAAUGAGUAACAUCUUUUUAUGGCAGAAGUUUGCCAUCCCUCUAUCUCUACUUUUUAUUUUAAUUGAGCCUUUUAUACCAGCUGAGCACAAGGAAGUGUGUGGCAAUAGUAUUUAUACCCUUUUCUGUUACGUUACAACCACAAACCGUGAAGGAAAAGAAAAUUACUUUUUUUUUUUUUUUUUACUGAUAAGCAUCCUCAUAGGUUGUAAUGUAAAAAAAAAAAAAACUAAAAAGUUCAAGGGGUAUCAAUACUUUGCCCUGUAAAGAAAGUUUGGCCAGGAGGCUGGAGUUAGUGUCCCAAAGUGGCAUUUUUUUAGCUUUCUGGUUGUAAGACUCAGUAAAAACGUAUCAAAUGUGCAGCCUGAUUAGCUCAUCAUCACCUAUAGUCACUGUUUAAUGGUGGGGUUUGGCAGACAUCAGCACUAUUACGUAAUAAAACCUGCAUCCUCACAACAUGGUUAUAUUUAGAGAACUGGCCGACCGAUGCCAAAGAUGGCAAGCACUCACUUGCUUGGAAAUGGUUUGACUGGUAAACCAGAAGCAUUUCUUAGCUUCCCCACAUCAUGUGCACAACAGCAUUUUCGUACACCGAACGUGCAGACAGGUUAGAAUCAAACUUGCUUGUGAAGGCACUGCAGAGAUCUUAAUAGAUUCAAAACCUAAAGUUUUAAUAACCUCUGACCUCUUUCUUUUCCUGACAUAAAUGCCAAUGUUUUACCCAGUUUUGACCUGGCCGAAAGGAGAAUGCUGAGAGAUUGUUUUAUUGUUUGCAAUAUUUCAGAUAACCAGGUGAAAAAUUAGUCUGUUUUUUAAGUUUCAGGCUGUCUCAUUUUAUCCAUGCCUUCAGAUCCAUGCUUGAAUUUAAGUGGCGCAAAUGACAUCAGACAGCUACAGUGUUUACCCUUUACAGAUGUCUUCUGCUUCUUUCUUUAUAAACGACAAAUGUAUUUAUUGAGGAGAAGAAAGCCAUCAAAACCAGCUUCGCAAUUUAAUUUAACCCCCGUUUAAUUUUACAUUCACUGUGAUGUAACAAAUUGGUUUUGGUUCAGUUUAAUCAGCCAAAUCUCUGGACCUGUAAAAUCAGGAAAUCGGGCAUUCUCCAAUCACACCUCAAUGUAAAGCAAAAGUAACAGAUAAGAGACAAAGUUAUUGACAACUCUCAGUCUGACCAGAGCCACAACACAAUUUUAUAAGUCUUUCGGACAGUUGACAAAUUCAGAAAACAUCCAACACUUAUGAACUUUCGCAGGAGUGGACAGCCUUCUAAAAUUACUCACACGUUCAUCCAUAACCAUAAGGUCCCCCCAAAAAACCAGAACAAUUUCUGCAGACCUGGCUUGCCUCAGUAAGAGUCAGUGGCGAAAUUGUAAUAAAAAAAAAAAAAAAACCCAAAGGCCGGCGAGGCAUCUUGAUUUUUCCUGGGAAUUUAGGGAAACAUUUUCUGGACUGGUUUGAAGAAAAGUGGAAACUGUCUCUGAGGAUUUCUGUGUCUGUACUUAAAUCAGAUGAGAAAAUGUUUGAUGAUAUGAAACAUUAAGGUGUGACACCAUAGCAGAAGCAUAAGACAUCUGCAAAGAGGCAAAUAUUUUCUCAUAGCACUAUACAUGAAUUUCAAUAAAGCACAACCUAAAAUCUGAGCCCUCCACUAUAUGAACUGUUCAAAGAAACCAAAAGCUUUUCCACCUAUUGUUGUCACUGUACAUUAAGGUGCUAUCCUACCUCCCCAGCAAAGAUUUUGUAGUCCUGUUCAAGAGCUAUUUAUCAUGGAGGAGACACAGAGUAAUAUAUUCAGAGGUUUUUCUGCGCUGCACUCCUAGGGGAGAGUAAACACUUGUGAUUUAUGAUCGUGUCAUGUGCUAGAAUAGUGAUAAUAUGAUGUGGAUGACGAUGCAGUUAAUAAUGAAAUCUGAAAAACCUUCAGUACAAUAAGAAGUCUCUGUUUAUAAAUGUGAUCAAACUGAGAUUUUCCUGUUUAUAGUUUGUUGCCUGGCACCAAUCGACAGAGGUGUCUCCUGCAAAUGUUCGGAUCAAGAACCAGAAAUCAACCCUUGUUUUCUCUCUCUCUGGUUCUCCUGUGCUGUCGAUUACUUUUUUUUUUUAAACUCCCCAAAGACGGCUCCCCCUUGUGGAUUGGCUGACAAAAGCACAAAGAGACUCAAAUCACUGUUUUUAUCGAGUUCUUCUCCCCUUCUUUCUGACUGCUUGUGUUGUUUGAGAUACUGAAAGAACUCCUAUAAAGCUUUGUUUUUAUGAAAAAAUCCGUGAAAGGUUUCUCCUUUUCUUUCAAGUUGACUUUGCUUUAUUCCCUACAUCACUUCUGCGCUGCGACAAUUGCUUGACACCAGGGUUGAGGCCUUACCCAUCACGUUUAGAAUAGGAUAGACUUGCCUUCUGGCGUUGAUCUGAAAUCAGUGUGUUGUUCUUCACACAUGUCAGAGGGUGAGGGCAACAUCUUCCUUGUUCGCAAGAUUUAAAGAAAUCAGUGAAACAGAAAACCAUUUUAUUUAUUCCCGUUCAAAUUUCAGAGUACAAGUUUUACUCAUGAAAACAGCAAACAGCUGAAAGCCACUCGCUGUGGUUUCAGCUGUUAUCUGCAAGUGUUUACAAAAUCCUUGGUUUCCUUUCUUUAUCAUGGUUGGCUCGCUAUAGUUCAUCAUUGCUGCUGUGCAGUUUUAGUAAACACCAAAUCUGCAGUGGGGAACAAAAUAGAGGUUUACGAACCUCUGCUAAGCAAGAUCAUUUUAAAAUUGUACCCUUUCUUUGAUCUUUUUGUUUUAAAUAGUAUUAGAUUUGAUCAUUUUACAUUUGUAAAAGUUCUGAAUCUACAUCGCUAAAGAAGAGUUCUGUGGCAGCGGACUAGCUGACCUGCUGGCCCACCUCUCAGCUAUUGGCUUUCCUUUUUUCUGUCUUUUUCUCUCAGUUCUUCUGAGGCAUUACUGAACCACACCAGCUGAAAACAAGGACAGUGCCUUUGGUUUUAUAUAUGUCGACAUCCCCCUUACUGAACGUGAGACGCUAAAACUAAAAUUGGCCUCACCGUCUCUUAUAUCUAUUAAAAUACUCUUGACAUCUGCAUUUGUAAAUUCAAACAAACCUCUUGACAGUGGCAUAAAGCUUCACCUUCCACGCCUACAACUGAUCUACCACAGUCUGAGUCCUAGAUGAGGGAAAUGAAUGUGUGUUUUCAAUCACAGACCUGCUAAACGUCAUUCUCUUUUACCAUCUCUAGAAAUACAUGGCAGCGUAUUGCUCAGAAAAAUUUUAAUUGCUUAUUUGUCAGUAUUUUAACCGCUUUCACUCCUGACUUAAAACUUAAUGUUCCCUUGUCUGUUUUGAUAAAGUUGCCAAGAUGUGCACUUUUGUAAACAUCAGGCAGCUGUCUUGAUGUAGACCUGAGAGCAGAUCAAUCAGUGAAUCAAUAGCUGUAUCAGCUGCACUCCACUUACUUUUACACUAGAACAUUCAGAAGCUGUCAAUGUAGCCCACAAAGAUGAAGUUAUCUCAUAUUAAAUGCCUUUUUUUAUAUAUCUUAACAGCUUAAAGAAAUAUUUAAGUCAGCUAAAAUCAUUACUAGCAAAACUCUAAUUUCUUCAGAUGUCAAUCAGCAUCAAAUCACUUCACAAAAAGUCUGUCAUCUUAAUGAUCCUAAUGAAAACAAUCAGAAACUGUGAACAAGCCUUUAACAUUCAACCCAGACUGUUUCAAAUGAAAUAUUUAUGUAUUGUAUGUAAAAUGAGGGCAGGUCACCCCAAAUACUGUAGAAUGCUGUCUUGCAAGAGGAGAACAAGUACUAAUAUCGUGUGCAGAUUUGUACAAUGGCGCAGGAACACAAUGUAAACUUAUCAAGAGUUAUAAUAUUUCUAUGAAUAUUUCCUUAUAGACAGAGGGUUUGACCUGAAUCUGUGACUGAAAUGUUCACAUUCAAGAAAUGCUGAAUAAAACAUUAGAAAUGGAUGCCACACAGGUAAAAACACCCGCUUCUUUUCAGAUACAAAUCUAACCCACACAAAAGAUACAACCCAGCCAGUUAAUCAAAAAAUAUUUACAUUCACACGUUUAUGGGGCGACGGCUUCAAACAAGCUAAACUUGGCGCCUGUUUCCUUUUGCGUUAACAGGAUUAUUUGUUAACUCUGCGUCUCGUAGUGAAACAGCGUCUCCUGCCACAGCUUUGACCCAACGGGUUCACAUGGGGAGAGAAAGGAUCGUCUCUGACCAGCAGUGGUUUCGAUUUGCAGCUGUGACAUUGACUGGGAGACUUGUCAUUGCGGGUGGUAGUGACUGUAGAAAGCGUGGCGGGCAGAGGCCACACACACGCACGCACACAUGCUUAUAGAAAUAUUAGUAUAGACGCACUCUCUCCCUCCCUUUGUCCUCUGCAAAGUGGUGAUCGCCCCUCCUCUUGUUCCCCUGCGUUCCCCAGGUGAGCCCAAACCUGCUGUGCCAUCACAAGCUCGUCCCGUUUCUCCUCUCCCUGCCCCCCCCCUCCCCCCCGAAUUCCUCGGCCCUAAUCUCAUCAUAUCUCAUGCGCUCAUCUUCCUCACUUCACUUCUCUGCUGUCCUCCUGUAGGACUGCCACACCACCAGGAUAAGGUAUCACAGAACUGUGUGGUGAUUUCAAGCAUGCCAGCUUUCUUAAAAAGCUCUCCUUGUUUCAUCAGACAGCUCUGUUAAAAAUCUGAGCAAUCUUUUAGAUCAGAUCUUCCCCCUUGCAGUGCUAUAAAAAAUAAUUUCCUCCUUUACAGAUUUCCUGUUUCUGCUUUUCAUUUAUUUAUUUUUUGACGUAUUUAUA